UCUCCCUCCUCGGUCGUCAUGUAUCACAGCAGCACGCAGCGGCGGCACUGGACUUUCCGCGGCGAGGAGGAGCUGGCGCGGUGCCGGGCCGAGGCCAACCGCAAGUUCCGCGGAAAAGCGGUGACGAGCGGGAAGGUCCAGCAGACCGACCCUGUCCUUCUGGAGCCCCAGGAGGAGCUGGCGAUAUGCAAGUACUACGAGAAGAGGUUGCUGGAGUUCUGCGCCGUCUUCAAGCCUGCCAUGCCGAGAUCCGUGGUGGGAACAGCUAGCAUGUAUUUCAAACGCUUUUACCUCAAUAAUUCGGUGAUGGAGUAUCAUCCUCGGAUAAUAAUGCUAACAUGUGCAUUUUUGGCCUGUAAAGUAGAUGAAUUUAAUGUGUCCAGUGCACAGUUUGUUGGUAACCUUCGAGAAAGCCCUCUUGGACAGGAGAAAGCCCUUGAACAAAUACUGGAAUAUGAACUACUGCUUAUUCAGCAACUGAACUUCCAUCUUAUUGUCCACAAUCCAUACAGGCCUUUUGAGGGAUUUCUUAUUGAUUUGAAGACUCGCUAUCCAAUGCUGGAGAAUCCUGAAGUUUUGCGGAAAGCAGCCGAUGACUUCCUCAAUCGAGUGGCUCUGACAGAUGCAUAUCUGCUCUUUCCUCCCUCUCAGAUAGCUCUCACUGCCAUAUUAUCUAGUGGUUCAAGAGCAGGAAUUAAUAUGGAAAGUUAUUUGUCAGAAAGUCUUAUGCUGAAAGAAAACCGAAUAUCCUUAGCCAAGCUACUAGAUGGCAUGAAAUGCAUGAAAAAUCUCAUAAAGAAAUAUGAACUGCCAAGGCCUGAAGAGGUUGCUGCUCUAAAACAGAAAUUAGAGAAGUGUCACAGCUUGGAGCUUUCACUUAAUACAAACCUGAAGAAGAGGAAAGGUUAUGAAGAUGAUGAGUAUGUCACAAAGAAGCCUAAAACGGAUGAGGACACUGAGCACGCUGGGAAGAGUGGACUGAUGAUGAUCUUGCGGACUCACUGUAACCUCAAAGGAAGAUGGAAUUCUACCACUGUAGAAACUACUGUUUGGUGUCAAAUGUGAACCCCUCUGCCCCAGGUUCCUUAAUCUGUGUCGUGGGGUAUUUAUUCUGUCAGUUUUUGGUAUCUGCAAUAAAGCACUUGACCUUGCUAAAAUAA